UACCAUGGCCGCUACACAAAAGCUAUACCCGCGCGCAACCGUCAAACGCGUCGUCAAGGCUCACUCCAACCGCAACUUGAGCAAAAAUGCCGAUAUUCUGAUCUUCUUGGAUUACAUGCUAUUUAUGCAAGAAUUGAUGCGGGAAUCAUCAUUUCAAUCGCGGAAAGCGGGCGAGAAGAACAUCUCGCCUAACAGUGUUCGAAAGGUCACUGAGAGGACCCUUCGGAAGUUCAAAGGCUGAGCUUGUGCGCCGUAGGAGUCGGCUUUAUUCUCCGGGCUACUAUAGAGCGCGGGUGAUAUCGAUCGCCUUGCCUCUAGAAUGAGACAAAAUCUAUACGACGUUUGGAGGAAGGGAAAGGGUUAUCGUAGGGUUCUUUAAAUUUGGGUUUAUUUUCUCCCUCGUCAUUUCUCCCCAGGGGCGAUGACGAAUGGGCUUUGAUCGGGCGAGGCACGCCGUGGCGGCGUUAAGCAGGAGUUGUGAGGAUACCCAACAAUCACGGUGGUCUAAAGCAGCAGGGGUGCCCCUGUCGAAAUUGCACUUGUAAUGC